AUGUGUAACGACCCGACUGAAGGAGCCAUUCCUAGUGGUGGAAUUUUCCAAAAUGUCUCUGCUGUCCAUUUAGAAGGCAAUAGAAAACUCUGCUUGCGUGUCCCAUGCAUGCCUCAUGGCCAUGGAAGAAAUGUAAGACUUUACAUCAUCGUAGCCAUCGUGGUAACAUUAAUACUGUGUCUCACAAUUGGCCUACUACUGUAUAUAAAGAACAAAAGGGUGAAGGUAACAGCGGCAGCAGCCGUAUCUGAACAGCUGAAACCUCAAGCACCAAUGAUCUCUUAUGAUGAGCUCCGUGUGGCGACCGAGGAGUUCAGCCAGGAAAACUUAAUAGGAGUUGGUAGCUUUGGCUCAGUUUAUAAAGGCCAUCUAAGUCAUGGAACUACUGUUGCAGUGAAAGUUCUUGACACCCUAAGAACUGGCUCUUUAAAGAGUUUCUUUGCAGAAUGUGAGACCAUGAAGAACUCAAGGCAUAGAAAUCUGGUUAAGCUGAUCACAUCAUGCUCUAGUGUUGACUUCAAAAACAAUGAUUUUCUGGCUCUGGUGUAUGAGUACCUGUGUAAUGGUAGCUUGGAAGAUUGGAUUAAGGGGAGGAGGAAGCAUGCAAACGGCAAUGGGUUGAACCUUAUGGAGAGACUGAACAUAGCUAUUGAUGUUGCUUGUGCAUUGGAUUACCUGCACAAUGAUAGUGAAAUCCCAGUUGUGCACUGUGAUUUGAAGCCUACCAACAUUCUAUUGGGUGAGGACAUGACAGCAAAAGUUGGAGACUUUGGAUUAGCUAGAAAACCCUAG